AUCUGAAUCCUCAUCAGCCAUUUCUCUGGCAGAACUCGCUCCGCUUCGCAAGUUUAAGCAGGAGCAGAGGUUUAGGGUUUAAGCAUGCGGGAAUUUACCAUGUUCAAUCUGAACUUAGUUGGGCGUCUAAUUGUGCCAAAACUCCGUUUCUGAUAAUCAACCAAAGUCCAUCUUUGUGCUUACCCUCCACUUUUUUUCUGACGCCCUGCAUUGAGGAGUUCUUAUCUAUUGACGAGUAGCUGGAGUUUGUGAGGGUUGCAGGCUUGAGAUUGGAAAUUUAGACGGAGAGGCUCGAGAGUGGUAGAAAACGAUGAUGAGGGGAGGAACCUUGAGGGUGGCGGCUACUUCAGGAGCUGCAGUAGCAGUUGGAAAGUUUACUUCUUCGACGGUAUCAUCUGUUUCGUUGGGCGGGCUUUACACCGUUGUAGAGAGGCCAUGGAUGAGAGCUGCGUCACAAUGUUCGAGUUGCCCAAGUCGAGUUGUGGAGUGUCGGUCGUGUAAUAGAGAAUGUAAUAGCGAGUGUACGCUUUUGCCCGUUACGAUGGUGGCUAGACGAAGUGCUUUCUCAACAUGCGACAGCAAUAAGAUCCAAUGGCGCCCGAACUAUUCGAGAAACGAGUAUGCAUACUUAUCCGCUGCUAACUUGGACACGUGUCACAGGCAACCGUGGCUUAUCAGAGGAAUGGCAGCUGGGAGUGCUGCGGAAGUUCUCGAACCUGCCGAGGUGCCUGGUUUGCCUGUUAAAGAGGAAGAAAGGCCAAGUAAGCCAGUAACUCCCAAGUAUCUUAUUGGCAAGACACAAGAAGAGUUGGAGGAUAUUGUGUUGUCCUUAGGCGAGCAAAAGUAUCGUGGGAAACAAAUGUACCAGCUUAUCUACAAGAACAAGAUCAAAACCGUCAAAGAAUUGGCUCAAUUACCUAAGCAGUUGCGCAAUGCAAUGACGGAAGCUGGCUGGAGUAUUGGACGGUCCCCAAUACAUCACGUUUCUACCUCCAAAGAUGGAACCGUAAAGAUUUUGCUAAAACUGGAGGAUAAUAGACUUGUUGAAGCUGUUGGUAUUCCGGUGAAAGACAAAGAAGGGAAUCAAAGGCUGACUGUCUGUGUAUCAUCUCAGGUUGGUUGCGCUCUGAGAUGCGCAUUUUGUGCAACAGGGAAAGGUGGUUUUGCUCGUAAUUUGAAGGCACAUGAAAUAGUUGAUCAGGUGCUUUCUAUUGAAGACUUGUUUAGGCAACGGGUGACAAAUAUUGUAUUUAUGGGUAUGGGGGAACCACUAAUGAAUCUCGACAAUGUCUUAGACGCUCAUCGCACCAUAAAUAAGGAGUUACAAAUAGGGCAGCGAAUGAUGACAAUUUCAACCGUGGGAGUUCCAAACACAAUAAGGCGUCUUGCAACCCACAAGCUUCAAUCCACGUUAGCUAUCAGUUUACAUGCUCCAAAUCAGGAGCUUCGGUCACGAAUUGUUCCAAGUGCGAAAGGGUAUCCACUGGACGCACUAAUGGAAGAUUGUAAAUACUAUUUUGAAACGACCGGACGUCGCCUAUCAUUUGAGUAUACCCUUCUAGCUGGGGUGAAUGACCAGAGAGAGCACGCUGAAGAACUUGCCACUCUGCUUCACCAGUGGAACCUGGGACGUCACGUGAACAUUAUUCCGUAUAACCCAAUAGCUGAUUCUGAAUUUGAACGUCCCACUAAAGCAAAAGUGCUUGCAUUUGUUGAGACACUAAGCAAACGGAGGGUAACAGCCAGUGUCAGAGUAACGCGAGGCUUGGAUGCCAAUGCGGCUUGUGGACAACUGCGAAAUGAGUUUCAGAAGAUUCCCUUACAGGCCUCAGUAGAGUCACCCAUACCCGUAUAGAUAUUAGAUUCCUCACUACGAGAUGUUGUACUACAACAUUUUAUUUUAUUUUAUGUUAUUUUCCCUUCAUUAAUUAGACUGUAAGAAUAUGUAUGCAUACCAGGUUUAUGAUACUUCGGGUGUUACAGUUUGCUAAGCUAGUGCAUUACAAACUGCUCAAAUAUUAAAGUCAAGACAAGUUCUGGUUAACUCUGGUUGGCAGGAGUUGAAAUAUGCUGUAAUUUUAAUUCUUAAGAUAUCCCCUGU